UCUAGGGGUGUAGUUUAGGGUUUUGUAAGGUUAUGGAGGGUGUUGAGACGUGGAGAACUCCACUAUGCCUUGUUCAAAGAGGAUAUUGUGUCUUCCUUUUGUGUUUUAGGGUGUUUAUUACAUGUGAUGCAGCCUGAAUGUGCGCUAAGAAGUUUAAUCGGAAGGGCUGAAGAACAGAAGCAGUCAUGGACGGAGCUUGGGGUGUUAUUCUCAUAUCUCUGGCUAUGUUUGUGGGAUGUUUCGUGCUCGGGAUAAUUCCACUAUUGAUCAAUUUAUCAGAGCACAAACUGCAGUUGAUUACUGUGCUGGGGGCGGGGCUUCUAUGUGGCACUGCUCUGUCAAUCAUCAUCCCAGAGGGGGUGGAGUUAGUGCAGGAGUCAUGGAAAGACUGGUAUUGCUCCACUAUGGGAGAGAAUCAAAAUAUCUCCGAAUCAAAUUCAACACUUCAUCUAGUCGCAAAAAAAGGUCUGCGUCCUCACUUCUUCAUAGGAGUCUCUCUCGUCUUGGGCUUUACGCUCAUGUUUGUGGUGGACCAGAUUGCCAACUACUGCUCCAUGCACGAAUCCCGAGCGCACAUGUACAGCGGCAACAGCAUUACUGCCACCCUGGGUCUUCUUAUUCACGCCGCAGCUGAUGGUGUCGCUCUGGGUGCAGCUGCCGCCUCGUCGCAGGUGUCCGUGCAGCUUGUCGUGUUUUUUGCUGUCAUUUUGCACAAGGCUCCUGCCGCGUUUGGUCUUGUGUCUUUCCUCAUGCACGCAGGUCUGGAGAGGAAGACUAUUCAGAAGCAUUUACUGGCAUUCUCUGCUGCUGCGCCACUGAUGGCCAUCAGCACUUACUUCAUCCUGAGUGCGUCUAAUAGCUCUUCCCAGAACCGCCUGAGCGCCACAGGCAUUGGCAUGCUGUUCUCAGCUGGGACGUUCUUGUAUGUGGCCACAGUUCAUGUUCUGCCUGAAAUCAACAGCAGAGGGCAGCAGCGCUCCACUCACCUCCACCAUCAUACAGGAACUAGAUCCUACCAGCAGCAGGACGGUCUGGGCAUCACAGAGAGCCUCAUGCUCAUCCUGGGGGCGGGACUUCCUGUGCUGUUGGCCCUCGGACUGCCAGAUGAUUAAUCUGUAAAAACAAUCCAACAGGCAAACAUGACCUGUGACACGUGUAAUGAUUCAUUUUUAAAUGUUUAUAUUUUUAUACAGAUUUGAGGGUGCUCUUUGAGAGUUUUUCAGUUGAACUAUUGGCAGUUUUAACUCUUAAUUUGUUUUAUUUGCCGAGAAACAAAAUACAAGCCUGUGGUAUGCUGGUGCAGUUAGGGUCCGGUAUCGAAUCAAAGACAAAAAAGAUGGAUAUUUAUGUUCUUCUAUCUAGAAGCAAUUUUUAUUUUGUCUUGGAGAUUAAGUAAUUUUCUCACUGCCAUAAAGUUGCAAUACUUAAGUGCAAUACGAGGCUCUUUUUCCAAAGAGAUUAACAAUAUUGCUUCUUAUUUUUUGACGUUUUGUAUUAAAUAAAGAAUGCCUUGUAUUAGUAUAAACCAAUGAUUAUUUUCAGAAUUACUCUGCAGAUGGCAGGACAGUCUCUCUGGUACAUGACAAUCUAUUAAAAGCUGCUGUUUUGUGUGCAA